UGUACCUCCCGGCGGAAAUGCUAAGUCCGCCGCGUCUGUGGUCUGUUUUGCUGACUGUGUUACAUUUAGGAGUUGUUUACUAAUAUGUCCAAUAAAGUUGUGAAACGUCCAGGUGUUGGGGUAGGGGUGCUGGUUACGGACUUAGCCCACCCGGGCUGUGUUCUCCUGGGAAAACGGAAAAGCGCCAUGGGCAGAGGGACGUACCAGCUCCCCGGUGGCCACUUGGAGUUUGGAGAGACGUGGGAGGAGUGUGCUCACAGAGAGGUGCUGGAGGAAGCAGGUGUGCGCUUGGUGAAUGUGCGUUUUGCAUCAGUGGUGAACUCCAUCAGACUGGAGGAGCAGUACCACUACGUCACCAUAAUCAUGCAAGGAGAGCUGGACAGGGAGCAGUCAGGAGAGCCCGAGAACCUGGAGCCAGAGAAGAACGAGGGUUGGACAUGGACGCGGUGGGACCAGUUUCCUCCUGAGCAGCAGCUCUUUUCGCCGCUCGCCGGGCUGAGACUUCAAGGCUUCCGGCCGUUCAGUGACAAAGUAACAAACACUGAAACUCAACACUGAAACUGUAAAUGAUAUUGGGAAUCUUUUAUCAAUCACACCUCUUGUUUCACAUCAGUGAAUUGUUUACAUUUUUCCCCCUUUCUUUUUUGUAAUGAUAUGUUUUAGUGUUGGCGCCAUACCAGAAUUUUACACUUCCUACUAUUAUAAAAUAAAAUGCUAUUGGUAACUUUUCCAAUACUACAGCAACAAAAACAGAAUACCUAGGCACCACAUAUUGCUUAGUUUCUCGUUUUUAGUUGCCAAAAGUUGCAAGCAAACUCCUGCUCACUGUCUAAAAUGAGCAAGUACAACGUUGCAAAGUUUCAAUACAGUAGUAGUUGUGCAUUUAAGGCAGUGUCACCUCCUCUGCUCUGUCUGUUUCCAAGAGAUAUAAUCCAACAUGUGUGUUCAAAAAUUACUAAAGAGCUGUAUUGUUUUGGUACCCUUUUAUACAAUGGAUCAUUCAAAGAUAACAGAUUGUAUCGUUUUAAAAUAUGUGGUAUAAAAAAAGUAUUAAAGUA